UUGACGCAUUGCGUAUGACGUUAUCAGCCGGCUUUUCUCUCCCGUCCUGCGCCUGUGCUCUGCUGUAGCUAAAGGGGGUCUAUCCUCACAGUGGACCAGUAUGGCGAACGUUGUGGACACCAAACUGUACGACAUUCUCGGGGUCUCUCCGUCAUCGUCCGAGAACGAACUGAAAAAGGCAUACCGAAAACUAGCGAAGGAGUAUCACCCAGACAAGAAUCCCAACGCAGGAGAUAAGUUUAAGGAGAUCAGCUUUGCCUACGAGGUGCUUACGGACCCAGAGAAGAAGGAGCUGUACGAUCGCUAUGGCGAGCAGGGUCUGCGGGAGGGUGGAGGGGGCGGCGCCGGCAUGGAGGACAUCUUCUCCCACAUCUUUGGCGGGGGCCUCUUUGGCUUCAUGGGCGGACAGGGAGGACCCGGGCGCAGCCGAAACGGAGGCAAGAGGAGGGGCGAAGAUAUGGUGCACCCACUCAGGGUGUCCCUGGAGGAUCUGUAUAAUGGGAAGACGACCAAACUGCAGCUGAGCAAGAAUGUGCUGUGUGCUGCCUGUGCCGGGCAGGGUGGCAAGCCUGGCGCGGUGCAGAAGUGUACGGCGUGCCGUGGGAGGGGUGUGCGGGUGAUCAUCAGACAGCUGGCUCCUGGCAUGGUGCAACAGAUGCAGUCAGUCUGCUCCGACUGCAACGGAGAAGGCGAGGUGAUCAAUGAGAAGGAUCGCUGUAGGGAGUGUGAGGGGAAGCGCGUGGUGAAGGAGGUCAAGAUGCUGGAGGUCCAUGUGGAUAAGGGCAUGAGGCACGGCCAGAAGAUCACCUUCAGCGGGGAGGCCGACCAGGCACCCAGCACCGAGCCUGGAGAUAUCGUACUCAUACUGCAGGAGACAGACCACGAGGACUACCGUCGUGAUGGCAACGACCUCUAUGUGACCCGGCGCAUCGGGCUGGUAGAGGCCCUGUGUGGGUUCCAGAUCAAACUGGUCCACUUGGACUCACGGCAGAUCCUCAUCAAGCACGCUGCCGGCAGUGUCAUUGAGCCAGGCUGUGUGAAGGUGGUGAAGGGGGAGGGGAUGCCUCACUACAGAAAUCCAUUUGAGAAGGGAGAUCUGUUCAUCAAAUUUGACGUGCAGUUCCCAGAAAAUGGCUGGAUUAGUCCUGAGAAGCUGAUGGAAUUGGAGGACCUGCUGCCUGAGCGUGAGAAGGAUGAGAAUAUCACAGCCGAUGCAGAGGAAGCCGAUCUUGAAGAUUAUGACCCGGGUCAAAGUUCAUGUGGGGGUCACAGACGUGAGGCGUACAACGACAGCUCCGACGAAGAGGGGGGGCCACACGGGCCAGGAGUGCAGUGUGCACAUCAGUAACACACACACACACACACACACACAGAGACACACACACACAGCUCCGACGAAGAGGGGGGGGCCACACGGGCCAGGGGUUCAGUGUGCACAUCAGUAACACACACACACACACACACACACACACACACACACACACACACACACAAACUCAUGCAGAUACCUGUUAACAAAUUCACACACAACCUGCCUAUUCUUUCUGGAAAACAGACUGAGUUUCCCACACACACACACACACACACACACAUGCACAUAUGGAGAAAUGUGUUGAGUUUGAUGCAUAUCUACUUACUCCUAAAUAUUUACUGUUGACCAUACUGGAACUAUGAAGCGAUCCAAGCCCUCAUGCGCACACACACACACACACAGACUCGGAGCUGCGGGGCUCUGAUGCGUGUGUGUGCACCUAGUUCUCAGCUUCAGAAGAGUUCAGUAUGACCUCAUCUCACUUACGUAAUGUGUUCAAUUCAGAAACAAAAGAAUGUCUGUGAGUUUUUUUAUUUUAUUUGAUUUAACACCAUUUAAUUUGUAAGGGAGCCGUUGACCUGGUCUAGACACACACCUGGAACAACCAACCAGACGGAGCUCUGACAGACGUGCUUCAGUUCGACCUCGAAUGCGUAUCUCGCAUGUACAUACACACUCACACAGACACACACACACACUGAGUUUUGUUUCCUUGUGUUUGUGAUGGAGCGUUUGGUUGAAGCCAACCUUUACUGAAUCAAUGCGAAACCUCUGUGUCGAGCAGGAGAGUCGGAACCGCUUUGGGGGUGUAGGAGGUUUAUUUAUUUAUUUCUGUGAAAGUUUAAGUGAAUUAAAAAAUGUUCAAAUCUGAA